UAACAAACUGUCUUAGGGUCAAUUAAAGAUUGGUUCUUAAAAGACAGUGUAUUAAUAUCAAAAGUGAAACGAAAAGAAUAUAUCUUUAUGAAUGAAUAAUCGAAUCUGACACAACGUUAUCUGUUAUCAUACUGAAUUAAAAUGAUUGUAAUGAAAAUGUUCAAUUUAAACGGCUUCGAGAUGAGUUGGUUAUUUCAUCUCGGUUUUCUUUUCCUAUUUCUCGGUGAUGGUCAGUGUUCUACGCUAAUUGUUCACAAUAUAUCCAUUCCGUGUGGUACUCUAAGAUCACUACAUCCGCAAUAUUCUGAAGUAGAGUGGACUCGAGAGGAUAAGCUGAACUACUUGAAAUAUUUUGAUUCGGGUAUAGUGGCUGAAAAUCAGAGAGAAGCCGAUGAAAAUUUCAGAGAUUUAAUUAAUUCUCGUGAAACUUUACAGAGUUUAACAGAAGUGUCCGGAAUGACUAUAUUGAAAAGAUCCGAUAUCAUUUCCGCUUUAAAAGAGAUUAAGGGCCAGAAUAAAACGUUUGACGGACUCUCGCUUACAGAUACGAAACUAACAGAUUACUGUCGCCCAAGAGGUCGAGAGAACGAUGGUUACCUACAUUUAUGUACUGAAUGUGCUGGGACCACUCGAUUGGAUUCGACUCAAUAUUGGCCAAGUAUUUUGAAUGAAGCUUAUUGUCACCCAUCAGAAACUGGAUGUAUAACAAUUGCAAAUAGUAAUCAUGGAAAGUGCUUUACAUCUUUAAGUAAUGUUAAUUUACUGAGGAGGAGGCAAGGAUACUGCACCUUAGUCCUAAAAGGAGGUCAGACCGUUAUCAUGCACGCUUGGAGGAGGGAAAUGAUACCUAUUAAAGUUGGGUGUGAAUGUAUGGUAGAUAGGUUGUCAUUUUUGGCAAACUAUAUUCCGAAACCGAGAAUGAAAUCGAAUGAAAAUUUGCAAUAAUUCCAACGCAUAUUUUUCCGCUAAGGAAGAUAAGGAAUGAACAUGUUCUAAAGGAUAAAAAUCUUUUCCAAUGACCAAAAUUAUUCCUUAUACUUUCGGUAGUGAUAAUACGUAAUACAGAUUAUGAUUUUAUUGAGAUAGAAGCAGGAAACCAUAUUGUAAAAUUGUAUUGGUUAUAUUAGUUUUUACGAAUUAUCUUCCUUUCCUCAAAUGCGUACUUUUUAAGUAUUCAUUUUCUAUAACAGUUUUACCAUUACCUUUCGAUAGAUAGAAUAUUUUCUUAUAAUCAAAGUAUAGUCAAAAGGCCUUUAAACAAAUUAUAGACUAGAUAUUCAAUCAUUAGAUAGUUAAAGAAGAAAUAUAAUUAUUAAAAGGUGAUUUGUCAUUUUUUGAACUCGAAUAACCUUUGUAAUCUGUUAUAAUUUAUACUGUAUAUUGUAUGUUAUGCUUUAGAUAAGCUUCAUUUUAAAAGCUCUAUUAUAUAAAUCUUAAACUGUUUUUUCUUUCUUAUCAUUUGACCGAAUUAGAGAACGAAAAGAUAGGACAGAACAAAAGAAAAUCAAUGAGUGGACUAACAGUACUAGAAAAUAAAAGUCUGUUCAUAAAAGAUUAUUCUUUUUACCAGUAAAGUAAUAUAUACUGAAUAUUAUAUAUAUAGUUUAUAUAAUUUCUAUUAUCUUGAUAAAUUGCCUAUAAGUUUGACACUAUGCGCAUCCGAAAGACAUUCAUAAAAAAGGGUGAAGGCGAAGAUAAAGGGAGGGAGAACUUUUAAAUAGGUUUUGUUUGGACGCUAAAAAUAGGUCUUAGAAAGAAAAAAUUGUCUACAAUAUUUCUAAUUGAUUAUUUCCCCCAUCCUAAAAAAAAAAAAUUUCAUACAGAACACGAGUAUCAAAGAAAUACGUAUAAAACAUUGGUUUGGUUCAUUCCCUUUCAAUAAAAGGAUAUAGGAUUGGAAGCUGUAUAAAAGAAAAAAAAAUUUACAGUUUUAUAUGUAAACAAGUACGUUAGCAAAUAAACAACGUAAAUAAUAAUACUGGAAAAAUGUCAAAACUAUGAUUUUAUGUCAUAUUACCGUGUAAAUAGGCUAUUACAUUAGCAAAAAUCUAUUAAAUUUGAAGAGGCACUUUUUGGCAGAAAGAUGCUUUACGAUCUCUUCAAAAGAGCAUUAAACUAAAUACGAAUAUAUAAUCAGUAAAUAAAAUACGUAACAAAGUUUUUAGAAUGUUUUCGAAUCUUUUCUUGUUCUUUUAUAUCAGACAAGAAAGAGAGAAAAUUCUUUAAUAUUCCUGCUAUUACAGCCGAAUUAAUUUAAGAACGUUUGAGGUAAUUAGAAAAAGUAUUUAAAAGACAUUUGAAGAGUAUAAUAUCUAGCUUAUAUUGUAAUAUAUUUGUUAUAUAAUAUUAAACAUAGCGGAAUAGAUCAAAUUUAUUACUGAAAUAUGUCCAAGAGAUUUAUGGAGUUUAUAAUAUGAAGAUCAUGAUAUUAGAGUAGAAGAAAAGUGUUGUGUAAAAUGGAUAUUACUAUACUACUGUCUCUUAUGACUUAUAUUAACAUGACAUGACUUAGCCAUUGUAGAAAUAUUCUAUUUUCUUUUAUUUAUUAAAAAACAAGUCAACGGAGAAAGAAAAACAACACAGUAAAGAAUAUAUAAUCUUAUGUUCUAUAGAUUGUCUUGUUUAAUUAUGUAACAACUACUUAGCUGUAAAUUCUCAUAUAGUAUCCUCUUGGGAGUCUUUAUUCUCUAUCAAAUUUUUACCUAAACAAAAUAAAAUUAGCUUAUAAAAUGUUAUUCUUUGCUUUUUAUCAACAAUACAGCAAAUGAAACAAUUAAAUCCAUAGUAUAAAAUAGCUGAUAGAUCACUAAGAGAAGCCAUAAAGCGUAAUUUUGAAAAAGUCUCUUUCAAUUCACCUGGAUUCCAAGGGAUCAAAAUAAAUCUAAAAACUUGUGAUGGAGUUUGUAGAAUGAGAAAGAGAAAUGCGUUAAUACAGACAAGAUAAACUGCUCUUUUUACAGCUCUUCUCGUACUUUUGAAUCUUAUUCUUUCGGAUUUUAAUUCAUUUAGAAUAACUAUUAUGCAGAACACAAAAAUAAGUAAUGGUAAAAAGUAGCCCAAAAUUAACCAAAGCCAAGAAACAACUUGCUCAGGCAACCCCAUGAACCAGCCAAUGUCUAGUAGGUAUAAAACUUCAGAUUUCAACUUCCCUCUGUAUAAUCUGUACCUGUACUUAAACAUCAUUGGAAUGUGACCAAUUGUAACGGUAACAAGUAUUAGACUUAAUGUCAACCAAAGAUUUCUCGUUCUGACGAAAACAUGAGCUCGUUGGAUCUCUCUUAUGCAAAUCAUUUGGGAUAUUACAGUAACCAUUGCUAACCAUAUUCCUAGAUGACUGAAUAAGUAUUGCAACGCUUCUCCAUAGAGACGAAAAAAGAAAUUAAAAGAUUUAUAUUCAAAGACAAAAAUUGUUCUAUGGCAGAACAUGUACGGUAUUAAUAAAAGGCUGGUUAGACAAUUGCAAGUUGACCAAGCGCAGAAUAAGAAAACAGUUGCCUUUUCUAUGGCGUAUCUAGAUUUUGUAGUUGGUGUCAGAUUUCUUUUAAAUUGAUUUCUUAAAUGAGUGUAGCGAUAAGAAAAUAUAAUAAGAUUAACCAGAUUACUAAUUAUUCCAAUAAUCGAUAUGAUAGGGAUAACUUUAUUAUAGAUAUUUGAGUCCAUACUGUCAAACGAUGAAUUUAAGGUGCUGACUGUUGGUAAAGAAAAGUAGAAAUAUGUAUAAGAGAUAAAAAUUUGAUUACAUAAAUUCUCUGUCUAAAGAGAGGAUAAUAUGCAAAACCAAUUUUAUGGUCAUCAAAGCCUUUCCAGUCUAAUAAAUUCAAUCGUAUUAAAGGAUCCCGCACUUCCUGUCAAUUGAACCCUGACAACUGUCUCUUGUUUUUUAGUGUGAUACUUUGUUCGUUAAUAAUUAUGUUGUUAAACUUAAAUAAUAUAUUCUCUAGUCAAGUCAUUCAUAAUAAGCCUAUUUUUUAACUUUAUAUCAUAACACUAAACAAACUGAUUGACUUUUCAAGUAAUAUAAACUAUUUCAAUUUUUCUUCAAUUUGUAAAACAGACUUAAUAAGAUUGGCCAACAGCAAUACAUUUGUCUAAAACCAAUUUUAAAAUGUAUUCUACUACUUUAUUUGGUUAGUAGAGAUAGUCUUUUUAAUAUUUUAAUAGGAGUUAUUAUUAUAGACCAUCCAGUGCGAUGACUAAAAUAUAAACACAAAAUAAUAAAUUAUACAGCAUUUGACUAUUUACUAUUUUAACGUUUCU